GUGAAAGUGAAACCGGAAGUUUUCUGAUGCACGAGAAAAAUAUGGCGACCGUAAACAAGCAGAAAACGAGUAUUUUAGACAAACCACUAGGAAAAGGGAAACCGGAGAUUAAUGUUGCCACCUUUGCUCUGCUGUUCUCGGAGAUGGUGCAAUAUUGUCAGAACAGAGUGUACAGUGUCUCUGAACUUCAAACAAAAUUGUCUGAGUUAGGACAACAUGUGGGCACCCACAUGAUUGACCUCCUGUUUGUCAGAGAGAAGGGUUACAAAAGGGAAACCAAGCUCCUCAACAUGCUUUUGUUCAUAAAGAACAAUUUUUGGAAGACUCUUUUUGGAAAGGAAGCUGACAGACUAGAGCACUCUAAUGAUGAUGAGAAAACCUAUUACAUUAUAGAAACUGAACAUCUAGUCAACAGAUAUAUAUCAGUACCUAAAGACAAAGGGAAGCUAAACUGUGCCUCAUUCACAGCUGGUAUUAUUGAGGCGGUACUUAAUGGAGCCAACUUUCCAGCAAAAGUGACAGCCCACUGGCAUAAAGGAACAACAUUUAUGAUAGAAUUUGACGAAACUGUUAUAGCCCGGGAUAAAAUUGUAUAGUGGUUGUGUUUCCAUUGGCAGACAACUCUGAAGAUAAUAAUGGCUUUUGUAGCAUGUUUUGUCAGUAAUUAACCUUUGGUGUUUCAAUGUAUUUUAUAUUGAGAUAAAAGCACUGACUUUUCAACUCAACAUAAAAACAUGUACACUACAGCGUUGUCAAUUACAAAAAUAUUGCCACAUGCUUCCAUUGUUUUUCACAUUUCCCAUGAUAAAAACAAUCUAGAUAUUUCUUUCUUAAAUGAAACAGCAAGACUAGAUAAGUGUUUUAAAUCUUUAUUCAUCAAUACUAACAAAACUGAUAUAUAUAUAUAUAAUGAGGAAAUUAACCUCAUAAACAUUUCAACAACCUCUCAUUAAUUAACACUGGACAGGAUGAUUUGGCCUGUUUAGAGUACUGCUCCAAUAAGAGCACUCACAUCCAGGUGAACAAGUGUCAAAAGUCUUAUAAGAAAGUUUUUAUCAAUAUUCAUUAAAGAUUGAAUCAU